CUUGAGGAAAAAAAACUCCUGACAUUGUAGAUGUUCUUUGCAAUGCUAACAAUAACUUUUCUCAUGUUAAGGCGUUACAUUACACUAACCCGGUCUCUCCACCUAACGACUGGUGCUCCUGCAGGAAGAACCAGCACAGGUGAAACACACACCAAAGAUUUUGGCCGUGCCUUUGGUAGCGUGAUAUACAUCUUCAACUGUUCGGAGCAGAUGGUUUACAAGUCUAUAGGGAAUACCUAUAAAAGUUUGACAACAGGAGCUUUGAAUUCUAUCGCAUCUCAGUAGAAGUCAGUGGUGACAGUGCGAGUAAAGACUAUCCACGAUGCAAUUAGGAACAGGAAAAAGAAAUUAGUAUUUUUUUCCUUGGUGAAAACAUUACAUUAAUCAGUUGCAAUAUUUAUUACCAUGAACCCAGGAUAUGUAGGUCAAACAGAACUACCUGAAAACCUCAAAGAUCUGUUCAGGCAAGUUGCCAUGGUUGUCCCUGACAUUGAACUGCUCUCUGAAAUUAUGUUGGCUAUUAAGGGGUUUAUUGAUGCAUGUCUUUUAGCCAGGAAGUUUAUUACCUUGUAUACUCUCUGCAGGGAGUUGCUUUCUAAACAGUUCCUCAGAAAGAAAAAACAAGGAGACAAGAACAGACCUAAGGACCAGGUGCUUAUGCAAGCCUUAAGAGACUUCAAUUUGCCUAAAGUAGUGACAGAUGAUAUUCCAAUUUUCAUGGACCUGAUCAGUGACCUGUUUCCAUCUCUGGAUGUUCUGAGCAAGAGGAACCUACAAUUUGAACAGAUGGUUAAACAAUCUACCCUGGAGCUUUACUUGCAGCCUGAAGAGAGCUUUAUUCUCAAAGUUGUUCAGCUGGAGUUGCUACUGGCAGUGUGUUGCUCUGUGUGUGUUGUUGGAAAUACAGGGACUAGAAAGAGUGAGGUGUUGAAAGUUCUUCAUCACACAUACAUGAACAUGAAACAAAAGCCUGUGCAGAAUGACCCUAACCCAAAAGUUCCGACAACUGAUGAACUAUUUGGUUUUAUACACCAUGCAAUCCAAGAAUGGAAUGAUGGCAAGUACUGUCAUCUCUUGAGAGAGCAAGCUAAUAUUACCCAUCAGGGGCUAAAGUGGUGAGUUUUAGAUGAGGGUAUAGAUCCUAUGUGGACUGAGUCACACAACACUCUUAUGGAUGAUAACAAGCUUCUGACCCUUACAAGCAAUGAACAUGUCCCUGUGACUCUGUCAAUGUGGCUGCUAUUUGAGGUAUACCAUUGAAGAGCUGCAACCCCAGCUACAGUAGCAUUCAGAGGUGGUAUUCUUCAUCUGAACACCCAGGACCUGGGGUGGAAUGAGUAUGUUUCCAGCUGGUUAGAAACAAGGAGAUACCAAUCUGAAAGCUUUGAUUAACGUGUGCCUCCUUACUUAGAGCAACUCAGAACAAGAUUUAAAACUGUUAUCCUUAUUCCUGAGAAUAGAGUUCAGACAUUCUGUUCUCUCCUGGAUUGUUGGCUGACCCCUGAAAAUGUGCCAGUGGAUUGCCUCGGAGAGUUCUAUGAGAUGUAUUCUGUCUUUGCUUGUAUCUGGGGAUUGGUGGGGCAUUCUCUCGAGAACAGGAAAGUUAAUGAAAAUGACCACAGUAUCUCAGUGUGCUUGAAAAACAGCCAGUCUACGUUGCUGCUGAUAGAUCACAUUGUCGCUAUGCUUAAAAAUAAGCCCCUAGGGAUUUCUGAUGGAGUAGGUGGUACUGGUAAACAAAACUUGUUGAGGCUGACAGCAUACAUCUGUUCCCUAGAGCUUUUCCAAAUCACACCAAAGGAAGAUCCAGGACCUCAGGAUCUUGCCAGUUUGUACAUCAAGACGGGUGCCAAGAACAUGCCCACAGUGUUUUUGCUGACAGAUGCCCAGGUUCCAGAUGAACGCUUUCUUGUGCUGAUUGAUGACUUGUUGGCAUCAGGUGAUUAGACCAACACAUUUCUCGAAAGAUCUUUUUCAAUGACAAAUGAUCUGUGGUUUCCUUGAACUUUAAAGAGAGUUAGAAAAGAAGUCCGAGCCCUGUGCCUGAUGGACACCAGAGAAUGCUGCUGGAGGUUCUUCUUGAGUCGAGUGAAGCUGCAGUUAAAAAUCAUUCUGUGUUUCUCUCCCACCAGUGCCACGCUCGGAAAGAUUGCUCGGAAGUUCCCAGCCAUAGUUAACUGCACCACAAUUGACUGGUUUCAUGAGUGGCCACAGGAGGCUGCCGCCAUCAGCAGGAGGUUCAUUGAGGAAGCUCAGGGGGUCACGGUAGAAAAUCUAAAAUCCAAACUUGCUUCUCAAGAGGCAGAACUGCAACUGAGAAAUCAAGAUGCUGAAGCUUUGAUUGGUAAGAUACAGUUUCAGACUCAGAAAGUGAGCCAAGAAAUGAAAGCCUUCACAAACCCAGCAAUGGCUGUAAUCCGUGUUACUGCUGCAGUAACAGUUUUACUGCAGUAUGAAGGGAAAGUGCCCAAAGACCAAAGCUGGAAAGCCACAAAAGUCUUUAUGGGAAAGGUUGAUGACUUCUUACAAGCUUUAAUCAGCUGUGGUAAGGAGCAUAUUCCUCUGAAUUGCCUGAAAGUCAAGGAACAUUACUUGAAGGAUCCAGAUUUCAACCCAAAUUAUGUUCAUACAAAAUCCUUUGCAGCAGUUGGUCUCUGUGCCUGGGUCUUCUUGUCUGAUGUACUUAUGUUGUAUGUCUUUUUCAAGGUGUAUUGUGAGCUAGCUAAAUGUUCUGCACUGGCCCAAGCAAAUGAUGGAUUAACGUCAGCUACGGAAAACCAAGAAGUCAUCAGGAAAAAGCUUCUUGUUCUGGAUAGCAAUCUGUAUAAGCUCACAGCUUCACUUGAGAAAGUCCGAUGUCAAGAUGAUGUGAACCAAACCAACAAAACUAUUGAGCUGGCCAACAGGUUGAUCAGGGGACUUGAGUCUGAAAACAUACAUUGGAGCCAGUCUGUUGAAACCCUCAAAGCACAAAACAAAACUUUAUGUGGUGACAGCUUAUUAACAGCAGCAUUUGUAUUUGGGUCCUUCACAAAACAGUUUCUCCAGGAACUGAUGGAACAUUUCUGGAUUCCUUUUCUAAAGUCACAAAAGGUUCCUGUUCCUGUGACAGAGGAUCUGGACCUGAUUGCCAUGCUGGCAGAUGAUGCUACGAUUGCUGCACGGAGUAACGGGGAGCUGCCCAGUGAUAGAAUGUCAGGAGAAAAUGCCACUGUCCUAACAAACUGUGAGUGCUGCCCUCUGAUGAUAGAUCCCCAGUAACAGGGAAUUAAAUGGAUAAAGAAUAAAUAUGGAGCUGACCUUAAAGUCGUACGUCGAGGACAGGAAGGUUUUCUGAAGACCAUUGAAAGAGCUUUGGCUUAUGGAGAAACUGUACUAAUCAAAAACAUAGGUGAAACUGUUGAUCCCAUACUUGGUCACUUGCAUGGAAGACAUACAGUUAAAAAGGGAAAGGAAGUCAAGAUUAAAGACAAAGAAUAUGAAUUCGACAAGAAUUUCCACCUCAUCAUUCACACUAAACUGGCUAACCCUCACUGCAAACCAGAACUGCAGGCUUAGACCACCCUCAUUAAUUUCACUGUCACCAGGGAUGGGCUGGAGGACCAGCUGCUGGCUGAGAUUGUUAGUGCUGAAAGGCCAGACUUACUUAGAAAAACAUAAGUCCUGGCCAAGCAGCAGAACCAUUUCAAGACUGAGCUCAGGCAACUGGAGGAUGGCAUGCUGCUCAGCUUGUCAGCUGCCCAGGGCAGCUUUAGUGAAAUUGUAGAGAAACUCAUACCAACAAAGUCAACUGCAGCAGAAAUACAGCACAAGAUAGCUGAAGCCAAAGAAAAUGAAGCUGAGACUAACGUGACAAGAGAGCACUACAGACCGACAGCUGUAAGAGUGUCCAUUCUUUACUUUGUUAGUAGUAGCCUGGGCAGCUCCAACCCCAUCUAACAGUUUUCACUGAAGGCCUUCAAUGCAGCCUCCCACAAAUUAAGCAGGCUGAAAAAUCGGGAUAUUCAAUGUCAUUUCUCUAACAUGACAGAAGCUGUCACAUGUUCAGCCUUUCUUUUCACAAGCCAGGGAUGUUUUGAAAAGGAUCAGCUCAGUUCCUUGGCCCAAACACCUUUUCAGAUUCUUCUAAGAAGUAAAGAGAUAGAACUCCUUGAAUUGGAUUUCCUUCUUUGCUUCAGAGUUGAAUACACUUACAAGAGUCCUGUUGACUUCUUAACUACUCAGUCACGGAGUGCCAUUAGGUCUAUGGCAGUGAUGAAUGUAUUCAGGGGGUUAGAUAAAGAUACUGAAAGACCCACCAAGAGGUGAAAGAAGUGGGUAGACUCAGGAUAUCCAGAAAAGAAAAAGCUUCCCCAGGAAUGGACAAACAAAAGCUCUUUUCAGAAACUAAUUGUACUGAGGGCACUCCAUCUGGACAGAAUGACAUAUGCACUUAGGAACUUUUGUAUGGAGGAAAAGCUUGGCUCAAGAUAUGUGGAGAGCACAAGGAUGUGCUUAGCAAAAUCCUGUGAAGAGAGUAGUCCAGCCACUCCUGUGUUAUUUAUACUGUCUCCAGGAGCAGACCCACUUGAAGAUAUUGAGAUUACAGGCAAAAAACUUGAGUUCACUAUAGACUCUGGAAGAUUUAACACCUCUAUAGGACAAGGGCAGGAGAUGGUUGCAGAGGAGGCAUGUGGAAAGGCUGCCAGACACGACCAUCAGGUUCUUUUCCAAGUUAAGAAUGUCCUGGAUGAUAUUCUGGAGAUGCUUCCCAAGGAGUUUAAUAUAGCGGAACCACGCAGAACACUACUGCCUGGAGCCUCUACACCCUUGUUUGCCUUCAAGAGUGUGAGAGGAUGA